AUGGUAACAAAUCCUGACAUGUUAUGGUUGGUCAUCGCGAGUGGUGUAGCAUGUUUUUUUAUGGCAUUUGUGACAGGAGCAAAUGAUAUAGCGAACACGUUUAGCACAUCCAUUGGAUCCAAAGCAUUAACCAUUAAGAGAGCUUUAAUAAUUGCCUUCUUUUUUGAGGCAUUAGGAGCUUCCUUACUUGGUGGAACAGUCACAGACUCUAUACGAUCAAAAAUAAUAAACUUUGAAGCCUUUUACGAUGCGCCAGAAUUUUUGAUGUUAGGUAUGUUUUGCGCCCUUAUGGGUGCAACCAUGUGGCUAGCUAUUGCCACAUGUCUAGGGUUACCUGUAUCAACAACACACAGUAUAGUAGGAGCAUUAUUAGGCUUUGGAUUAGCAGCAGGUCAUAGUAAGUCAAUUAAAUGGGAAAAGAUACACAGUAUAGUGAUAUCAUGGUUUGCAGCCCCAAUUUUAGCAGGAAGUUGUUCAGCCAUAGCCUUUACCACAAUACGCCAUUUAAUAUUAAGGAGAAGAAAUUCAUUUCAAAUAAUUAAAAGAUCUUAUUGGUUCCUCAUUUUUCUGAUUACUCUACCGUUUAGUGUGUUUUUAAUAUUUCAUAACCCCAUAGUGAUAAAUAUGGAGUGUAUAAUGAAAAAGGAUAAACAGAUCGUCAGUGCAUCUCCAUGUUAUAUUCAAGAUUGGACUGCAGCUCAUCCUUUCUACUCUACGAUAGCUUCUUUAGUCCUUUCGAGCAUCCUCACAUGUAUUGGAUCCAUCCUUAUCUACGUAGUAUAUAAUAAGCGGUUGAACAAUUUUAGCUUUAGGAGAAAACUUUUUGGAGAUGACAUGAUGAAUGAUUUGGAAAAAAAUGCCAAAGACGUGAACAACAACACCAUUUGUAACAUCAAGAAUAGUAGCCUGAAUUCCGUUGCUUCGAAUGAAACCCGAGUGACGCAACCGAAGGGAGUUAGCGGAGCGGCACAGCAACAAGGGGGUAGCGGAGCAAUAGUAACAGUAGCAGCAACAACAACAACCGUAGGAGGAGGAGCUUCUGGAUUAAAUUGUGAACAGACGAAAAACCAAGCAGAACAAAACUACCAAACCGUUAUUAGCAUGAAAAAUAUGGACGAUAAAGUUGAAAUUUUGGAAAAAAAAAAAAGUGGAAACUGCAUGAGAGCUAGCAGCAGCAUUAACUGUGACAGCAACAGUUCUACUGGUAAUAUAGCCCAAACGGUGAUCGAGAAUUUUGACCAGCAGACGGAAAUCGUUUUUUCUUCCCUUCAAAUCAUUAGUGCCAUUUUAGGGGUCGUGGCCCAGAGUGCAAACGACACAGCUAAUGCUAUAGGUCCUUUUGCUGCAGUUUUUAACACGUACAAUAACGGUAUUAAGGGAAAGCUAAAAGUCCAGUGGUACAUUCUGUUGUUUGGAGGUCUGUCCAUGUCCCUUGGUCUAUCCGUUCUAGGUUAUCGAGUUAUUAGGACAGUGGGAAUGAAGUUAAUUAGAAUUACUCCAUCCAGAGGUUUUACCAUUGAACUUAUUUCCGGGUUAGUGGUCCUACUUUUUAGUAUCUGUGGGAUACCGCUGAGUUCUACCCAUUGUGCAGUGUCUAGUGUGAUUGGUGUGGGUCUCGUAGAGGCAAAAAUAUCGGAAGAAAAUGACAUCGACGCUGGAGCCAACAACCAGGGGAUGAAGCUACUGGGCAAGGAAAUGUCCCAAGUGGAUAAGAAUGGAAAUUUACCUGUAAAGAAGAAGAGCUUGUUUUCGUUCCUGUCGUUUUUGAACACCUCCUGCGUUAACUUGAAGCUCUUUAGGACCAUUUUCCUUUCCUGGAUCAUCACGGUGUCUUUUUCGGCCUCCGUAACCGCAGCGAUAUUCUCCUUUGCAGCCUACAGCCCGUCGUACUUUUCAAAGGGGCCCGCCGUAGUGGCCGCAUAG